UCCCACUGGGAAACAUUCUGUACAUUGCCAUUAUAUAAUCCAAAAUUUUAAGCUUCUUUCUCCCUGCUUAUUCAUUCAGCACACUCAUAUUUCCAUUUCUCUGCUUUUUCAGCAAUCCCAUAUAGAAAAUGAUAACCAGAUUUGGGUUUCCACUCCUUUUGUUGUUGUUAUUUUCCCUUUGUUUCAACGCAGAAUCGAAGUGCAAGAAACGAUGCAACUUGGCUUUAGCCUCCUACUAUAUUUCAGACCAAUUAGACAAUCUUACCCAACUUUCGAAGAUUAUGCAAUCCCGGGUUCUUGAAAGGGCUGAGGAUAUCGUCAGCUAUAACACAGGCAUACUAACUAGCCAAGACUACAUCCCAAGGAACAUUCGAGUGAACGUUCCGUUCCCUUGCGAUUGCAUCGAUGGGGCAGAUCCAGGUUACGUAUUUAAGUACCCAAUGCAGAAAGAAGACACCUAUACGAAGAUUGCGAAUCAGACCUACUCCAAUUUGACCACAGCUUCGGAGUUGCAGAGCCGCAAUGGCUAUUCGCCGAACAAUAUUCCUGAUUCUGUUACGCUCGAUGUGGCGGUGAACUGUUACUGUGGGGAUAGCCACGUUUCGAAACAGUAUGGUUUGUUUAUCACUUACCCACUCAGAGCUGAGGAUUCGCUGGAAUCAAUUGCGAACCAGACGAAGAUUGAUCAGGAGUUGCUGCGGAAGUAUAAUCCUGGUGCUGAUUUCAACAAGGGAAGUGGUCUGGUGUUUAUACCAGGAAAAGGCCAAAAUGACGUUAAUGUGCCAAUGGCCCCAAGCACGAAAGGUUGGCCUUCUCUCUUUUCAGAAAGUUGCUUACUUGAUGAAUGCGUUGGUCUAAAAGGUGGGGCUAUUGCUGGAUUAUCUGCUGGAGCAGUAGUUGGCGUUCUCUUAUUGGCUGCUUGUAUUUGUGUCGUAUGUUACCAAAAGAAGGGGGAGGAGGAGGAGCAAAAGUUGGUAACAAUUUACUCUUCUCAACCGGGUAGAGAUUCGAGUGGUCCUCCUGCUUCUGUCGAUACCAACAACAAUGGCCUGACUGUGGACAAAUCAGUGGAGUUCUCAUAUGAAGAACUAGCUCAAGCCACAAAUAACUUCUGUCUCGCAAAUAAAAUUGGUCAAGGUGGUUUUGGGGCCGUCUACUACGCAGAGCUGAGAGGAGAGAAAGCUGCAAUAAAGAUGAUGGAGUCGCAAAAAUCAAAACAGUUUAUUGCUGAAUUGAAAGUUUUAACACAUGUUCAUCACCUAAACCUGGUACGCUUGAUUGGAUAUUGUGCUAAGAAGGAUUCUCUUUUCCUUGUGUAUGAAUACAUCGACAACGGAAACUUAAGCCAACAUCUGCGGGAUUCAGGGAGAGAAACGUUGCCAUGGUCUACGCGUUUGCAAAUUGCUCUGGAUUCUGCCAGAGGUCUUGAAUACAUUCACGAGCAUACACGGCCUGUAUAUAUUCAUCGUGACAUAAAGCCAGCUAAUAUAUUGAUAGAUAAAAACUUCUGUGCAAAGGUUGCCGAUUUUGGGUUGACGAAACUCAUUGAAGUGGGAAGUUCAUCAAUUCCCACUGGUAAUAUUGCAGGCACAUUUGGUUACAUGCCACCCGAAUAUGCAUAUGGUAGUGUUUCACCAAAAAUCGAUGUCUAUGCCUUCGGGGUUGUUCUUUAUGAACUUAUAUCUGCUAAAGAAGCUGUGUUGAGGGUUGGUGAAGCCGGUUCUGGAAUAACAAAAGGCCUUGUCUCUUUGUUUGAUGAAGCUCUUGAGCAGCCUAAUCCUAAAGAACAUCUCCAAAAGCUUAUUGAUCCUAGGCUUGGAGACCAAUAUUCAAUCGACUCAGUUUACGAGGUGGCGCAAGUAGCCAAAAUGUGCACACAGGGAGACCCAGAGAGACGUCCAAGUAUGAGAUCUAUUGCAGUGUCUCUGAUGACACUUUCUUCUACUUCUGUGGAAUGGCAUAUUGCCUCCUUGCAAGAAAAUCCAACACUUGCAAAUAUGAUGCCUGGAAGGCACAGUUAGAUGUAAAAAAUAAAUAAUCAUACGCCAAUAUUUAAAUGUGUGUGUGCGCAUUGACACACACAAGUUUUUUAGUAGUCACUUUACAAUUGAGUGCAAUGAAUUGCUAAAUAAAAGUCAUCAAUACCUAGAGAAGAAGUCUCAUUCAUUUA